GCUCCCAAAGAGGGUGUCGCUCAUAAGCUCAAUGAAACUUUCGCAGUUAAGUUCGAGUCCGCCGCGUAUGCCAAGGCCACGGCCCGCAGUUCGAUUCCUCAAAAGUUCCCUUUCCUCUGUCGUCGCAAUAUCAUUAUCGGGAGGGUGUGGCAGGCUGUGUCGAAUCACUUUGCCAGCAAAGGUAUCGGCCAGGGCAUCGUGCUAAGGGUCAACGGACACAAAGGCAUAUUGUUCUUCACGAAGAACGAGGAGGUCACCGUCCUGUGCGCGCUCGCUGAGAAUCCUGAUGCGUCGGCCAGCAUCAAGUCUGAGUUUGCCGCGUUCCAGACCCUGCAGAUGAGCAAGAAACAG